GGAAAUGUUUCCAAAUUGGUGCACACGCCUCUGACUGAUAAAUGUUAUAUGACGUUGAUGCACGGCUUGCACUUGGGUUUUGGAGGGAAUCCUUAUGGACCGGCUGGAACUGGGAAAACGGAAUCCGUGAAGGCGCUUGGAGGAUGGCUGGGUAGACAGGUGUUGAUGUUUAAUUGUGAUGAGGGAAUUGAUUAUAAAAGCAUGGGGAGAAUAUUUAUUGG